UCAAUCGUUUCGAGCUGCAGCUGCAGCUGCACGCAAUCUCCCAGCUAAUCGCUGAUCAGUUUAUGGACAGACUCAACGGCGAAUAGUUCUCUGAAGGCGGCCGCACAUGAAAUGAGUUUCUACUUGUGCUUUGCUUUGCUCUUGCCCGCCUUGGUGGCUGCCCAAGCCGGGGAGGAGCUUUACCAGCUGCUGGCCAAGGAUCAUGCCAGCCAGAAUCUCAUCAUCUCACCCUACUCCAUCGAUACCGUCUUGAGUCUGGUGUACAUGGGAGCGGCAGGUGGAACGGCCACGGAGCUGCAGGCAUACUUGAAGCUCCCAACCGAGGACAAGCAGCUGUUGGCCAGCAAGCACAAGCAGCUGCUGGAGCAGCUCCUAGCGCAGAAUGCCACCAGCCUGAAGCUGGCCAAUCGCAUUUAUGUCAAUGAACGUUUCAGCUUGAAGGAGGAGUACAACCAGGUGGCUCGCGACUCCUUUCAUGCGGAUGCUCAAACCUUUGGCUUUGCUGGCGGCGUAGAUCCCACAGUGAGCAUCAACAAGUGGAUAAUGGAGCAGACAAAUGGCAAAAUUGUGGAUCUGCUGCAGCCCAGCAGCAUCACCACGGACGAGAUGGCAGUGUUGGUUAACGCCAUACACUUCAAGGGCCAGUGGCAGUCAACGUUCGAUGCGAAUCAGACGCGGGAGGGCACUUUCUGGGUGUCUCCCGAGGAAUCCGUGACCGUGCCUAUGAUGUCGCUUAAGGCUGACCUCAAUGUGGGCUACUUCCCGGAUCUACAAGCCAGAGUGCUGGAGCUGCCGUACCUCAACUCCAACCUGUCCAUGUGGCUGUUUCUGCCCAAGGAACGCGAUGGCCUCGCCGACCUGGAAGCGAAAAUCUCGGGCUUCUCGCGGCGCAUGCAUCACAUGGAGGCGAUUGUGAAACUGCCCAAGUUUCAGAUAGAAUUCGGUGAAGAUCUCAAGGAAACACUGAAAACGCUGGGCGUACGAGAGCUUUUCAGCGAUGGCUCCGAUCUGAGCGAAUUGUUUGCCAACAAUUCCACCGGCAAGAUCAGCAAAUUCGCCCACAAAGCGCUGCUGGAAGUGAACGAGGAGGGAGCGGAAGCCACUGCUGCCACAUAUGGAAUGAUUACCAAUCGAGCGGCUUUUAGCAUGUCGUUUCAUUUCGAUCAUCCCUUUGCCUUUGUCAUACGCGACGAGAGAACGAUCUACUUUCAGGGUCAUGUGGUCAAGCCCUAAUACAUAUGUAUGUAUGUAUGUACAUAUGUAAAUAUGUAUUUAUGUAUG